GUCGUUAUCGUGUCAUUUUCCACUUUACGAACUUCGUUUCGUCAAAAUUAAAAGUUAAUUGUGCAAAAUCUUUGGUGUGAGAUGUGAUAUGCAUUUGUGGCAGUUUUUACAACCCAUAUUCAAAUGCAAGAGAGAUAACACGCACUGUGCAAAAAUGUCCAUGUUUUCAGAAAAUUGGAGAAGUCAUACGAACUUUUUGCGACUUUUUUGUAAAAGGGUACUUUCCCUUGCUCACAAAAAGUCUGCAAGAUGCAACACCGAAUGUGACACCGAUUUUUUCCAGGAACAGGCUGGUAAUCCUGCGAUGUGGCUCUCAGCAGGCGAGGCGACAAGUCAAAGCUAUGAAGAAGUUGCCGAUAGACUGCACGUAGACGUGAGACAUGGCUUAAGUUGGCAGGAAGCCACACGUAGACGACAAAUAGCUGGUUACAAUGAAUUUUCAGUCAAAGACGAAGAUCCGCCUUGGAAAAAAUACCUCGAACAAUUUAAAAACCCUCUCAUUUUACUUCUUCUAGCCUCGGCACUUGUCUCAGUGUGCAUGAAACAAUUCGACGAUGCGAUCAGUAUUACAGUAGCCAUAGUCAUCGUCGUAACCGUUGCUUUUGUUCAAGAAUACCGAUCGGAAAAAUCGCUGCAAGAACUCACCAAGCUCGUGCCACCGUCUUGUCAUUGUUUGAGGGAAGGUUCGCCUGAUACUUUUCUAGCCCGCGAGUUAGUGCCAGGUGAUAUCGUUUAUUUGAAUGUCGGCGAUCGAGUGCCCGCAGAUUUGCGUUUAUUUGAGUCAGUUGAUUUGAUGAUCGAUGAGAGUAGUUUCACUGGCGAGACUGAACCUGCAAGGAAAAAUGUCGCUGCGGUUUUGCGCCCCAAUGGGGCGCAUUCUUCCAACACUAACAUUGCAUUUAUGGGGACGCUUGUCCGCUGCGGGAACGGCAAAGGGAUUGUUGUUAGUACGGGCUCUAACAGCGAGUUCGGGUCGGUGUUUAAGAUGAUGUUGGAGGAAGAGGCGCCGAAAACGCCUCUGCAGAAGUCCAUGGACAGUUUGGGUGCUCAAUUGUCGAUUUACUCCUUCGGCAUUAUAGGUUUAAUUAUGUUGGUCGGGUGGUUGCAAGGCAAGGCAAUCAUGGAGAUGUUUACGAUCGGUGUGAGUUUAGCGGUCGCUGCAAUUCCAGAAGGAUUACCAAUUGUCGUGACGGUAACACUAGCCUUGGGCGUAAUGCGAAUGGCAAAAAGAAACGCCAUCGUAAAGAAACUACCAACUGUCGAAACACUGGGUUGCGUCAAUGUGAUAUGUUCUGACAAAACAGGCACUAUAACACGUAACGAAAUGACCGUCACAGUUUUGGUAACAGCCGAUGGUUACAUUGCCGAAUUAACAGGCGCCGGUUACAACGACCAUGGCCAAGUUCUAUUACACAAAUGUGAUUCAUCAGACAGGGCUAGAGAUAGUGUAUAUAAAUUAUUAGAGGUAGGGGCUGUUUGCAAUAACGCAGUGAUCCAUAACGAAACUUUACUCGGACAACCAACAGAGGGCGCUCUAAUCGCCGCUGCGAUGAAACACGGCAUGUAUAACGUAGCGGACCGUUACGUCCGAGUCCAAGAAUAUCCGUUCACUUCUGAGCAAAAAAUGAUGGCCGUUAAAUGCAUAUCUAAGUAUGAUAACGACAAAGUCGAGAUUUUUUUCGUCAAAGGUGCCAUCGAAAAAAUACUACCAAAAUGUACGAAGUUCAGUUGGAACGGAGGAACCCAAAGUCUUACAAGCAAAAAAGAGCAAGAUUUUAUCGCAGAGGCUCAUGAAAUCGGGCGGAAGGGCUUAAGAGUGAUUGCAAUGGCCCGUGGACCGACUUUACAAGACCUGACCUACAUGGGCAUUGUGGGUAUUUGUGACCCACCACGUCCUCUGGUCAGGGAAGCCAUAACUACGUUAUCACAGUCUGGGGUGCAGGUCAAAAUGGUAACUGGAGAUGCUGAAGAUACAGCUGUGGCUAUAGCUCAGACUAUUGGCUUGGAAACUUUGCCCUCUCAGGUGUUGUCGGGCGAACAGUUGGAUACGUUUACUGAAACCGAUUUGGAUGCGGCAAUACCUCAUGCUACAGUUUUUUAUCGAGUUUCACCGAAAAAUAAAUUAGCGAUUGUUAAGUCGUUGCAAAGGACUGGGCAUAUCGUUGGGAUGACUGGUGAUGGAGUGAAUGAUGGUGUGGCGCUUAAAAAAGCCGAUAUUGGGAUUGCCAUGGGCAAAAAUGGGACGGAUGUGUGUAAAGAAGCCGCAGAUAUGAUACUCGUUGAUGAUGAUUUUUACACAAUUAUUGCAGCAAUUGAAGAAGGGAAGAGCAUAUUUUACAACAUCCGAAACUUUGUCAGAUUCCAAUUAUCUACCUCUAUUGCGGCUUUGUCUCUAAUCGCACUAGCGACUUUGAUGGGAAUUCCGAAUCCGUUAAACGCCAUGCAAAUUUUGUGGAUCAACAUUAUAAUGGACGGUCCUCCGGCCCAAAGUUUGGGCGUAGAACCGGUCGAAAAAGACGUGGUAAAACAAAAACCUCGAAAUACUAAAGAACCAAUGAUCACUAAAAAACUAAUCGGAAACGUUCUACUUUCCGCCUUAUUUAUAAUAGCUGGAACGUUAUGGGUGUUCAAAAAAGAGAUGAGUUCGGAAGGUAUUACAGCACGCGAUACAACAAUGACGUUCACUUGUUUCGUAUUUUUCGACAUGUGGAACGCUUUAUCCUGUCGGUCGCAAACCAAGAGCGUUUUCCAGAUUGGUUUGUUCUCCAAUAAAAUGUUUCUGGUGGCUGUCACCCUCUCCGUGAUUGGACAACUUCUCGUUGUUUACUUUCCACCUUUGCAGCGAAUUUUCCAAACCGAAGCUCUCACAUUAUGGGACAUGGUAUUUUUAACAACACUAACGUCUUCGGUUUGGGUCUUUUCGGAGAUAAAGAAGCUGAUCGAGCGGUUUCUCGAACAGCGAGGGAAAGGCAAGCGAUCGCCUUUGGAGUAUGUAUGACAUAAGGGGGGGCCUGGGGCGAAGUCCCGCUGCUAUUAGCUGCCUCUUCAACUUUCCCCCCUUUAGAUAGGCCCCCUUAGAAUGUGCAAAAAUCUGAUACACAUCGUUUAUUUACCUAAGGAAAAAAUCUUACAAUUUACGACUAAAGACGGUUUUCAACUGUGUUGAUUUAUAGAAACCAAGACCUAAAAUAAAUUUAUUAAGGAGUUUCAGAAAUUGAGAUAAAAGCAAUCUCGUAAUCGCGUAGAAUAGUAAGUGUAUGUGUUAGCUUUCGUAACAUAAUCAAGAUGUGUGUGUUUGCAAUUUUAUUUAAAUGAUUUGCACAUUUUAAUGGACCAAGUUAUGAUUUUGCAGCUAAUAGGUGUUAUUCCAAUUUUGUUUCUCAGGCUGAGGUUUAAGUGUUAUUUUAAGGCGAAUUUAUGAGGGUGUAUACUUAAUAUCUAAAUUUACACAAAAUAGUGAAGGGAACAAUUCAGCUUUAUUGUUACAAUUUACCGUAGCUUUCCUAUUGGUGUAGGAGAAAGUUGUUACACUAAUUAGGAGGCUGCGCAUUUUACCCAGUCCCUUUUCUGAUUUUAUUUAUAAAACAUUUUACAUUUGUUGGGUGAAUUUUACAAUUCAUGUUCAUGACAGGAGGUUGUGCUAUUUAUAGAAUUUUGUUUCAAUCAAAAAUAUAUCGACGUCGAUUCAUCUUUACAUGUGUGUGUAUUUAUAUCUACACUUUUGUACUCCCAAAUUGAGCCAUUCCUGUAUUUGUGGCAUUUCACAAUAUUUGAGAAUCAAAUUUGUUAUUGAGCUUUCCAAUUAUGUUGUGCUGCUAGGUGUAUAAGUAGAUAAUGUGUGUAAUGUUCAAUAUAGCACGUGUAAGUACUUUCACAUCUUAAGUGUUAAAACAUCUGCAAGUACUUUUUAAUAGUUCUGUGAUACACUAAAUAUAAUUAAAUUUAAGUAACGUUUCAACGUAUUCUUGCUUGUUCUGUUACGUUUCAAAUGUGUAAUGAGUAUUUAGAACGUUGUACAUUUUUGUAACAUUUCAAAUAUAAUUUAUAUUUAUUAUGA